AUGUCUGGCGCGCAGUGCGAUGAGCCGCGCUGCCUGAAGUGGCGCAAGAUGCCGCCGGGCUGGUCCACGGCGCAGGUGGAGGCCGCGCAGGACGACGGCUCCUGGUACUGCCGCCUCAACCCCGACCCGGCCGCCGCCGCAGCCGGCUGCAAAAUCCCCGAGGAGACCUACGCCGCGCCAGAAUCCGCCGCCACCGACACGCGCACCGUUAAAAGGCGAUAUCAGGAGCAAGAUAGGGUCCUUGUAGCGCCUGAGUCAGCCGCCGCCGACACGCGCACCGUCAAACGACGCUACCCGGAGGCAAAGGAGAAGGACAGGAGUGCAAGGAAGCGGAAGCUGCAGGCAAUGGAGGAAGCUGCAGCCGAGCAACACCGCCUGGAGGCUGCCAAGAGGGAGGAGGAAGCAUGGCGGCAGCAGGCGAUGGCGCAGCUGGCUCUCAGGUUGGCGCAGCAGCAGCAGAAGCAGCAUCAGCAGCAACAACAGCAGCUCCUGCAGCAGGAGCAUCAGCGUCUGCUGCUGCAACAGCACCUGCAGCGAUCCCAGGCACAGAACGGCAGAGCGCACGGAAGCUCAAGCGCCCCCGCCGCUGCUGCGCCGGGCAGGUCACUUGCAGACCUGGUGCCCACAAGCCCAGGCAUCCCCAUUAUUCGCCCUAAUGGCGCGGUCGCCCCGUCCGCCGCAUCGGCACCGGCUACAGCACCCGCCGUAGCUCCGGCCGCGCCGGCGGCGGCAAAUUCCGCAGCUGCCCCGGCGGAGGCUGCGGCGGCACCCGCCGCCGUGCCGGCUGAGCGGCCGCUGCCACCGGCCGUGGCGCCAGAAUCAAUGCAACAGCCGGCUGCGACGGCUGCGGCCCGAGCUGCGGCAACAGCAAUAGCAACGGCCGCAGCUGCCCCGGUGAAGGCUGCGGCGGCGCCUAGCGCCGUGCCGGCAGCGCUGCAGCCGUCACCGGCAGCGGCGCAGGCCGCAGCGGGCAUUCCAGCGCAGCGAACGCCGACACGGGCAGAACGGCUUGAGGCCCGGGCGGCCACAGCGGCGGCAGCAGCUGCGUCCGGCGGCUUCGACCGCGCCCCGUCGGCCGCGGCCGUCUCCGCAACGUCGAGUGAGCAGCAGGGAAGCGCCGCGGUGGAACAGAUGCAGAGCUACGCACAGCAGGAGGCCGAUGCAGGCGUCAGCAGCACCGGGGAGCCGGCUGGUGAAGUAACGACUGCGCCAGAGGCUCCCCGGCCGGGCAGCAGCAUGGAUGACAUCGACACAGAGAUGGCGGGCACGCCAGAGGUUGCAGCGGCGCCGGCGGCAGAGCCGCCCGAAGCACCGUCCCUGGCACAGACGCAGCAGACGCGCGGCAAGGCAGCAGCAGCCAAAACACCCGACUGCACACAGAAUAGAUCUGCGGGGCCGUCCGGCAGCCCAGCCUCAGACGUGGCGCCUGCAAAGUCUCCCGCUGCUGUUGUCAGCGCUGCGUCACCUAGGACACCGGCCGCGGUUGGGCCGAGCGGUGAGCAAAGAACGGAGGCGGCUUCUGGGGGGACAAAUGAGCGGCAUGGCAGCUUGUCGGCGAGGCAGCCAGAACGGGUGGAGAUUCUGAACAGCGUGAACAGGGUGAAGGCCAAGGUCCUGGGCCUGGAGAAGGAUGUGCAGAGCCGGCAGGCCACGAUUGAGUCGCUGCAAACCCAGCUGACUGGCCUUGAGAGCGAUCUUCGCAGCAGGAAUUCCGUUGUAGACGCGCUCAGCAACAACUUGCGCAAGGUGCUGAGUCACUGCGUGGGCGGUGGGAAUGCGAGCCGGGCCUUUGAUGAGAUCACGCCGGAGCAGCUCGCAGAAUUCAAUGUGGACAUCUUCUGGCAGAAUCUCAAGAUCACUGUGCCAACCUACCGGGCUUGA